AUGAAUGAUGAUUUAAACUGGUAUCGCGGUAAUGGCUUUCUAGAUCGUAAUCGUUUACAGGUGUCGACAGGAACAUACAGUACACCUGAUGGGACUUAUGCUAUUGUGGCAACAGAUCGAAUUAUGCCCACGAAUUCAAAGGCAACACUGAUAAGCGAUGUGGUAACUUGUCAGCUUGGACCGGGAGAACUGCGAUUCAUGUACUGGAUUAGUCCAGAAGUAAGAAUAACGGUAUGUCUAAAACGUAUAAGUCAACCGUAUCCUAAUUUCGAUUUUUGCACUAGCCCGAUAAGAGGAGGCAGUCCAGGACCUGCACAACUUAGCAUUGAUGACCUUGGAAAUGAACCAUUUCAGAUUCUGAUUCAAGCUGAUAAUUUCAUAUUUCACUCUGCUAAUCUGGAAGGCGGUUUUGCUAUUAUUGACAACUUGGAGUAUUAUGGCGAUCUGUGUUCCGAUACUGCUAUACUUUUAAUCAAUGUCCGAACUCGAGAUUUCGCCGCAUCGCAAGUUAUGCACGAAGGUGAACUAUCGCAAAUUCCCGACAUGAGGAACACCCUUACGGUUUAUAAGCCUGUAUGUGAGGUGCUGAACUGCACUUUCGAUGAUAAGGACGAUCAGUGUGGCAUAGAUAUUUUAAAUUCACUGUGGUCCGUUGCACGUGCUAGUGUUGACAGGUCGCGGGUAGAAAACAUUUCCAGUUUGUUCUAUAAACCAGCUGGCUCUUUUAUUUAUAUCGAGGGACCUAUAGCAAAGACUCGUCUUUAUACUGCAUCCUUCCAAUCUACUAUUGAUUUCAACUUUGUUUUUGCUUAUUACAAAACUUCAAACAAUUCAAAACUUCGAGCUAUUAUCAAAAUGAGUGAAGAGCCGAUGGAGAAAAUUAUUUUCAUGAUUCCAAUGCAGAAAAAACAAACCAAAAGAUGGUAUCGAGAACUGAUUUCAUUACAAGCGGGUUUCUACGACUACGCAGCUAUAGAGAUUCAAGACUUGAAUGAGGACGAAUACAUUGGUAUUGCUGAAUUCUUGGUGUUGGAUUCACAGAAGAGGUCAAUCUGUUCUCAGCAGAGGAAUUCCUGA